ACGACACUCUUUUACCCUUUACGUUUAGCCGAGAAACGUUACACACCAGUACGCAAAACAUACCGCGAUGCGAAAAGGCUCACAGCCAAAGCAAAAACAAACAGAUAAGACGCAGGAGGUUUUCUAACCAGCGCAGGGACAUGCCUCAAAGGGCCACGAAUCGUCCUCGGACUCACGGUUGUUGAUACCUAGAAAGUUUUGACGAGGUCCACAUUUCCUAAACAAUAAACAAAAUGAUUACUGUGUACGACCUGCGCUUCGGGAAGCCGCAGGAUUCUAAGAAAACGCUGCGAACAAACGACUUGGACUUUUAUGAGUUUCUUCAACUUGUGCACAUGGAAUUUGUCAUCCCUUUAAACCAGAAAUUUGUGUUGGUAACAACUGACCGGACAGUUGUUGACUAUGGAAAAUUUAAGGAGCUUCAGAAUGGCAGCACUCUCUAUUUAUUGCAAAACCAACACCAAGACCUGGCAGUUGCAGUGGAGGAGUCUAUCCACUUUGUUCCUCACUACAACACAUUGAUUGAGAGUGGAACCUUCGAGUAUUUCGCCGAGGGACAGGAAGCACUGCCUUGUUCUCUUGCUGAGCUGGUGGACAAUUCUCUUUCGGCCACUGCUAAAAACACAGGAGUCAGGAUGAUAGAGAUCCGUCUGAUGUUUGACAAAAAACCUGCAGUCAUCGUUUUGGACAACGGGUGUGGGAUGACCUCGAAGCAGCUCAAUAACUGGGCUGUCUAUAGACUCUCUAAGUUCACAAGGGAAAACAGCACAUUUAAAAGUGACCAACAGGGAUAUGUUAGCCCUGAGCCUGUGCCACGUAGUCUCAACAGUGACAUAUCCUACUUUGGAGUUGGAGGCAAACACGCAGCUUUCCAGAUUGGGGACUCAGUCAGAAUGAUCAGCAAACCAAUCAGCUCGCCAGACGUUCAUGAGUUGGUCCUGUCAAAGGAGGAAUUCCAGAAAAAAGAGCAGAACAAAGAAGAUGUUUACAAAGGGACCAUCUUGAACAGGAAGCCUGGUGACUUCUCACACAUUAAAGGCAACGAAGCCUUUCUUCAGGACAUCAUCAGGGAGGAAACUGGGAAGCAUAGCUUCACUGCUGUUGUCAUCACAGGAAUCUGCCCUGAGCGCGUAAAAUAUCUAAAGCAGGACUUUAAAGAGUGGACCAGAAAGCUAGCGCACUUUUAUCAUUAUUACAUUCAUGGGGUCGAUGGAAACCUUCAGAAUAAGCCUCAAGGAUCCAAUGGCAGCCCAGCAAUUAAUAUUCUGGUAACUCUGCGAGAUAAAUCUUCUAAAAGUCCAAUUGGGGUAAAUCUCAGAAACGUGAAUGAUGACAUCCAGACUCUGUACAUAAACUCAGCUGUCGAUACGUUUGAGUUUAAGGCCACCACACAAGAGGGCGGCAUCGUGGACGGAGUCCUAAGAUAUCAUCCUUUUCUCUAUGACAAGGAGACUUACCCAAAAGAUCCCAAUAUUAUUCAAGCACCUCCUGAGGACGAUAAUGAUGAGAAUGAAGCUGCAGUCAUGAAUCAGGCCAGAGGGAAGAGGGACAUCUUUGAGUGUUUCUGGAAUGGACGGCUCAUCCCUUACACCACAAUUUCUGAGUUUGAUUGGUGCCGUCAGCCCUAUAAAACUACACCCGAUUUGCCCCCAGAAUGCUACAGUCGCUUCUCUGGGGUGCUUUUCACAAAUGACAAAUUCCAGGUCAAUGUAACCAAACAGAAGUUCAUGGACUUGGAGAUUAAGCUGAAACACAGGGAUACCCUCUUUAUUCCUGUUCCUAAAGUUCAGAAAGCCGCAAAAACUUCCAGAAACAUCCAGAAAGAGUUCACCCAGUGGCUUCAGAAAUGUCACACACAGUUUGAUAAGCAGGUGAAGUUCCUUAACUGCAUGGGGAUUGUGACACGAAACGAUGUGCCGACGAAGAAGAUGCAGCAUCCCUGGACCGCUUUCUCCGCCAUUGAGUUAGAUGGAAAAAUAUACAAAGUGGGGGAAACUUUGAAAUCUCAGAAGACUCAACCAGUUCUCUACGGCACAGUGCAGCGUUUUUUGUUGUAUGGGGAACACGGAGGGGAUGUAUAUGCAACAGGCGGACAAGUGGACAUCAGACGGGAGCCAAUGGAGCUGUAUGCGAAUGUUACCAGGAUCAUACCCAUCUCCAAGAUUGACAGGACUGCCACCAGAGAAAGUAUUUGCAAAAACAUCGAGAACGACAGGGACAAGUUGCCAGCAAAGCUGAACGUUGAAUGGCCAGAGGGGAAUCCUUGGCCACAAAAUGCUGUGGUUCGCUGCGGGACUCCUUUAGGUCCCUUAAAGGUUCAAAUUCAUAAUAGAAAUGGGAGAUGGAUCUCAUCCAUUCAUACAGGCGGCCAGGGGGCAUUGAUAAAGCUGGAAGUUAUGCUUACAGUUAUUUUCUAUGGUUCCAAAGGAGGGAAGAAGAUUGCUGAUUUGUCUGCCCAAUCUACUAAAUUUGGACACUGGUUCGAGAAAAUUGAGUCCCUGACCAGCCUGGGAAAAUACACCCUGAGUCUAAAAACUGCAAUACGUGAUAAGGAUCUCUCCACAGUCUAUGGAGGCAAAGAGCUCCCGAGUUAUGAGCUGAAGUUUACAAUCAAAGAGGGAAAUGCAGAAAGCUUUACUGUUCUCAACCCUGCUGAUUCUGUACGAGUGGGAGUGCCAUUCAACAUUCACCUGGAGAUGAAAGAUUGUUAUGGCCACCCUACAACUCCUCCUUCUAAACUUCAGCCUGUUAUUCAGUGCAAAGAUUUGGAGCUGAGUUAUGCAACCAUAAGCAGCAGCGGGAAUACCCUCACUAUAACAGGUGUCAAAGCCAUAGGGAAAGGCCAGGAUUACCAGAAUUCCAGGAUUUAUGAUUUGGACGUGACAGUGCCUGGCCUGAAAAAUCACACACAAACCAUCAAGACCAGGCUUCUUCCUGGCAACCCACAUUCCCUUCAUGUGAAACCUAACCCAGUGAAAGUGGAGAAUGGAAACCCUGCUAGUUUCAGUGUGGAAGUUCAUGAUGAGGCUGGAAACAUCACUGCCAACCCCAGACAAAUGGUUCGCUGCCAGAUUCCAGGGCUUCAGUUAGUGUCAUCGGACUGCAGCAAAACAGGAGCAGGCCAGAUUGUGACACCAAUUGUGAACGUGAAAAUUAUUGAUGGAAAGCCACAAAUACUCAAUGCACACUUUUCCAUUUUUAGUCACAACAAUGUUCCAGACGUCACAGUUGAGAUGAAGGUUGUGCCUAGCAAUCGAAUCUCCAGGAUGGAGCUCUUCUCUCUGGUAGAGGAAAAAUUGGAGCUGAGAAACAAGGAAAGGAUUGAGUGGCAAGCUGGAGGACUGCUUCAGAAUCUGGUUUACAAAUUGUAUGAUGAGUCGAACAAGGAGGUGGCAGUCACUCCUGAAAUAGCCUCUAACAUCAAGGUUAACUGGACAGGAGAGGUAAAUCUGAGAUCUUUAGUAAAGGGAAGACUGCCAGAUGUACGGGUUCCUACAAAAGUGCAGGACCAGCGCUUCUACCAGGUCUCCUACAAGGACCAGAGUGUGUCUUUCUGCUUUACCAUUGUGCCUUGUCCAGAUGAACCAGCGCGACUAAAGGCAUCUCUACCUAAAAACACAGUGAAGCUUGGUGAAACACUUGAUGAAACCAUAGAGUUGGAGCUUGUGGACCAGUAUGACAAUGUCACCAAGAGGCUGACUGCUGCAGCUGCCGAGUCGAUGACUGUUGAAGCUGAGGGACUGGACCAGUCUAACAUUCAAUUCCUAUGGCAGGAGAGCAGCGGUUCUGCUGCAGUUACCGGAGUCCGUUUCAAGUCAGGGCCUCUUGGGUCCAGGGAGCUUUGCUUCAGCUACAACAACUACACAGAACGCGUCAUCGUAAAAGUGGAAGCAGGAAUCCCCGCCAAGCUUAAGCUCCUUAGUGGGCCUGAGCUGCCUUUGCAGGUCUUGAAUGGUCGCGGUAUUCCCAAGCCAUUCCUGGUGCAGCUAUGUGAUGAGUGGGGAAACCCUUCUCCAGACCAGAGAGUGGUGGUAGAGAUCAGUACCUCCCCAUCGACAGUAAAGGUGAUGAAUUCUGUUAUUUCACAACCUGUGGACACAGAAGGAAAAGCCUCCUUCACUGUUAAUGCUGUGACAGGGUCAAAAGGGUACUAUCAACUAGAGUUUAAAGGUUGCUUUAACAGGAAUCCCAUUCCUGGUCCAUCUGUGAACUUUAGUAUCCUCCCUGAUCCCAACAAACCUGUCAAACUGUCAGUAAACUACAAUGCCAAUGCCAGGUUUCCUGCUGGAGGCACCUUUCCUGUUUUCUCAGUGACCGUCGUGUCUGAUGAUGGGAGUCCAAUGGCAACUUUUAACCCUGCUGAUCUGUCCAUGUGGUGGUGGAAGGGAGAGUCAUUGUCUCGUCCAAAAACGGCAACUGAGCUAAAGUGCAGUAAACCACUGGAAAAUGAGAAGAAAGACUGCUAUCAUUUUAGAGAUAAAGAAAUCCCACAAACCGUUGGGAGAUACACCAUACAGUUCUCUCUGCGUAAUGAUAAAGUAGAGGCUCUACUGAGUAAUCAGAUCAAUGUAAAUGUUGUGGCCAAUAAACCAUUCAAGCUGGGACCUGAAUGUCAGCCGCGAACCCGGGUCGUUUCUUACAGCACUGACAUCACCAGUCGAAUCUUAGUUGAGAACAUGACUCUGAAGAUUAUGGAUCAACAUGGUAACCCAGCCGGGCAGGAUCUGAAUGGGGUGGUGUUGAUUUCCAUGAAGUGUCCUGCUGGGGAGCAGCGCAGAAGCCUCCCUCUGUUUGAAGGUGAAACCAGCACCAUUAAAAUGACCUUAAAAGAGGGAAGCACCCACAUCGAAAGGCUGACGAUCGCAGAAAACAGUCCUGGAGACGAUGGAGGCAGAUAUAUUGUCAUGUUCAAAGCUGAAUUGACAAUGCUGCCUAUACCUCUGAGUCCUUUUGAACUUCCCUUCCAUUUUUACAACGACUCUGAGAACCAAAGCAAAAUGUCUGAACUGACAAGGAAGAAAGACGAACUGAACACGCUAUAUAACAAUUACGAAAGCUCAUGGAACACAUAUGUGGAACUCCGUCAAAUGUUGACGCAGAAAGUCUUGGAUUUUGACAAAAAAGAGAAAGACUUCCGAACAAUGUUGAGCAGUAGAAAUAUAUCGCUGUCACAAUCUUUACCUGUCCCAGAUGUUUUGCGACUUCUGAGAGAAAAGAUGGCUGAAAAGGAAAGGAUAGAGAGGCUUCCAAGGAGAAAAUAUACAAUUCCUAAUUACAGUGGGCAGAAUAUUCUUGGGAAGGUUGGUCACCUUGCCGUCAUCGCUGAUGACGAUGCUGCCUGGGUCAUCUCUUGGCACCUGUCCGGUGACAUGGACUGCAUCAUCACCAAGACGACAGAAGAAGCUCAGAAGAUAUACCACCAAGAUUGCAGACAGCAGGUCAUGGCCCUGGACAGCAUUUUUGUGUAUCAAGGAAACAGACCUCUACCUCACAUUAGAAAUGGCCAGGGACUUUUCCAACCUCGUGGGAACCCAAUCUACGCAAGGCACCUGCUUGUUUAUCCCGAAAAUGAGAAGGACUGUGAGCUUGUAUUUAAAAACCUCCUCGGUGACACUAUCCUGAUGGAUGACAUGGACUCUGCCACCAACUACAGAAAGGCGGUUGUUCAGAACAGGAUUUCCUGUCCCACUAUAUUGACACGGCAAGGGAACAGGCUCAGCGCCAAGGGCAAAUUUGGGGGACUGACCAACAAAGCACCCCCAAGGGAUAGAGUGAAUAUGUUUGGAGCCCCUCUACCACCAUACUACUACACACUGAAGGACGACAUAGAUCUGCUCUCUAAGUAUCAGGUUACUUUGGAGAAGAAAAAGCAGUCUGAAGAUGAACGUGAUAGGAUUGUAAAAAAGUCUCCUGAAAUACAACAGAAUCAGCAAAGAAUGAGCGUGAUAAGGAAAGAGCUUGACGAGAUUGAAAGGCAGCUGGCAUCAUCAUCAUCGGUGAGACUAGGUAAACGAGCUGCUGCAAACAUGUUGGAGCCCUCUAGCCUCCUAACGAAGCGCCCAAGAUAAAAUAUCAUUGGGUUGUAGUGAUACUUCUACUUAAUUUAGCGUUUUUCUUAAUUUCAUUUUAGUCCGUUUUGAAAGUUUUAAGACUGUAAAGUUUCCAACUUUAAAAGUUAAUUUACUACAAACCUUGGCACAUUUCAGUAUCUGAAGUCUUUAAGUUUAAAAAAAUAAACUAAUGUUUCCAGAACAUG